UUCUGAGAAGUGAACCAAAGAAACUUUAAAUCACUGAAGAUGGAAAAUGAGACAUUAAGUGAACUGAACCAAACAGAGCUUCAGCCAAGAGCUGCGGUGACCCUAGAAUACCAAGUGGUCACCAUCUUCCUUGUUCUUGUCAUCUGUGGCCUAGGCAUCGUAGGUAACAUCAUGGUGGUUUUGGUGGUUAUGAGAACCAAGCAUAUGAGAACCCCCACUAACUGCUACCUGGUGAGCCUGGCAGUAGCUGAUCUCAUGGUCCUGGUGGCUGCAGGACUCCCCAACAUAACAGACAGUAUCUAUGGUUCCUGGGUCUAUGGCUACGUCGGGUGCCUCUGCAUUACUUAUCUUCAGUACCUGGGCAUCAAUGCCUCCUCUUGUUCAAUCACAGCCUUUACCAUUGAGAGGUACAUAGCCAUCUGCCACCCCAUCAAAGCCCAGUUCCUCUGCACAUUUUCCAGAGCCAAAAAGAUCAUCAUCUUUGUGUGGGCUUUCACAUCCAUUUACUGUAUGCUCUGGUUCUUCUUGCUGGAUCUCAAUAUUAGCACCUACAAAGAUGUGACUGUGGUGUCCUGUGGCUAUAGAAUCUCCAGAAACUACUACUCACCUAUUUACCUAAUGGACUUCGGUGUCUUCUAUGUUGUCCCGAUGAUCCUAGCCACUGUCCUUUAUGGAUUCAUUGCUAGAAUCCUUUUCUUAAACCCUAUUCCUUCAGAUCCUAAAGACAAUUCAAAGACAUGGAAAAAUGACUCAACCCAUCAGAGCAAGAAUGUGAAUCCAAAGACAUCUAAUAGAUGCUUCAACAGCACAGUGUCUUCAAGGAAACAGGUCACCAAGAUGCUGGCAGUGGUUGUAAUUCUGUUUGCCCUUUUAUGGAUGCCCUACAGGACUCUUGUGGUUGUCAACUCAUUUCUCUCCAGCCCUUUCCAAGAAAAUUGGUUCCUGCUCUUUUGCAGAAUCUGCAUUUAUCUCAACAGUGCCAUCAACCCAGUGAUUUACAACCUCAUGUCCCAGAAAUUCCGUGCAGCCUUCAGAAAGCUCUGUAACUGCAAGCAAAAACCAGCACAGAAACCUGUUAACUAUAGUGUGGCCUUAAAUUAUAGCGUCAUCAAGGAGUCGGAUCAUUUCAGCACAGAACUUGAUGAUAUAACUGUCAGUGACACUUAUUUGUCUGCCACAAAGGUAUCUUUUGAUGAUACUUGCUUGGCUUCUGAAAUAACCUUUAGCCAAAGUUGA